UAAAUAAGCUGAAAAAUCAACGCAAGAAACUGUCUUAUUUUACAUCUGUAACGUAACAGACCGACAUGACGCAAAACUUCGAAAAGUGUUCCGUUGUUUUCUGCGUUAUAGCGAGUUGAAGUGCAUAGAGUUGCUGGACGAAGUGACCAAUGGUUCGACGUUUGAAAUCAGUCCCACUGGCACGACAGUGUUCUACCAGCCGGGGAUGCUGCAUGGCGGUCGUUUUGAACUGGACUGUGGUAACGAUCGUGGCCUUGGCUACUAUUUGGAGAUGUUAUGUUACCUGUCGCUGUUCUGCAAAACAUCGCUGAACGUCACCCUACACGGAGUGACCAACUCCGACUUGGAUCCAUCCGUUGACGUGAUCAAGGCAGCUUGGUUCCCGGUCAUGAAAAGGUUUAUCGUCGAUAGCGAAGGCCUUGAUCUAAAGGUAAGGGGUAAUGUAUUUACCCAGGCAGUCGAGGUAACGGUUUUAUCGAUAACGCGUUUCCCUAGUGGUCUGAUAGCGAAGGGCGUUGAACAGCAAUCGUUUGUUACCAUCGUCUUUGCCCCCCUCCAACCAUGA